UGUCUGAAGACGGUGUGUUGACUACAAAGUGUAGACUGGUUUGGUUGCAAUUCCUGCAGUCGUAUCAGUCAGUUCCGAGUCAGAGUCAUACACUGGAUGUCUGGCUGCUGUGUCUCUUAAUACUGAGAAUCAAGCACAGCAAAAGAGACUUCUAAGCAAGGACGAUGUUUGAGUGUUUAACUCAGUGGUGGCCCCAGUCUGUGAUAACCCAGGCUCUUGUUGUUGGGAUAGUGGUUGGAGUGAUCGCCUAUAAUCUCUUCAAGAAACGAUACAACCUACCGCCAGGACCAAAGGGAUGGCCGUUAGUUGGAAACCUUUUGGAGGUGCGAGGGACUCUCCUGUUCCGAAAACUCCGCGACUGGAGCAAAACAUACGGUCCAGUUAUGACGAUUCAGCUGGGUACUCUCAAAGCAGUUAUUCUGAGUCGAAUAGAUGUUGUAACGGAAGCUCUCAUUACAAGACAAGCAGACUUCGCAGGAAGGCCGGAUACAUAUGUUGUAACUAAAUUAACCAAGGGAGGAAAAGACAUAGUCAACGCAUCGUACGGCCCAACGUGGAAGUUGCACCGGAAAAUUACAUCCAAAGCGCUCAGGCACUAUCUAAUGGGAGACAACCUCAGCCGGAAAGUGUCCCAAUCACUCAACAUCACUACAACGUUGAUGAGAAAGGAACAAGGAGCCUUUGAUCCUUUCCCCUACCUGUCACUCUCGAUCUCCAACAUGAUGACAGGAAUGCUGUUCAAUAAAAUCAGUGAAAAUGUAGACUCUGAAUACUAUAAAGCGUACGUCGUCACCCUGGACGAUUUUAUGAAAGAAGCUGGAGAAGGAUUUCUGGAAGAUUCAAUUCCCCCGCUUCGUCUGUGCCCAACGCCUAGAUUCAGACGUGUUACUCGAGUCACCGAUAAACUAUUAGAUUCCAUCAAGAAAGAAAUUGCAGCCCACAGAAAAACGUUCAACAAAGAUGAGAUACGGGACUUCACAGAUGCGUUGAUACAGGCUCAGCAAGAAGCAGAUGAAGGGGACGAUCCUGUCCUAAUGUCACAGAUUACAAACAUACAUAUGGCCAUGACAAUCUUUGACUUAGUAUUCGCUGGUACAGAAACCUCGAGGAACACGCUUCAUUGGUGUCUCCUGACGAUGGCUCUCCACCCUGACAUCCAGAAGAAGGUGCACCAGGAGGUGGACUCCGUUAUUGGUCCUGAUCUGAACGUGCACGUUUCGGACAGGGAGAACUUGCCAUACACCGAUGCAGUGAUACAUGAGGUCAUGAGGUUGAGGUCAGUCGUUCCCAUUGGCGUUGCUCACUCCACGCUGUGCGAUACCACAGUUGGUGGAUAUGAUGUUCCCAAGGGAACAAUGGUGAUUAUCAACCACGACGCUUUGCACUUUGACCCUGACCAAUGGGAGGAUGUCAAUACGUUCAAACCUGAACGAUUCCUUGACUCAGAUGGAAAGAUGGGUCCCAAGCCAGAUAGCUGGCUUCCGUUCUCUGCCGGAAGGAGAGUUUGUCUCGGGGAGACAGUUGCAAAACCCGAGCUUCACCUCUUUCUUGCUGGGAUCAUGAGGGUAUUUACCAUCUCACUCCCCCCUGGGACACAGCACGACUUUGAGCCACAGAGUACGGGGGCUGUUAAUACUCCUGGGAGAUACAAAAUUGUCAUGAAAUCGAGAAUUUAAGUUAGUGUUUUGUGUUCCAUUUCGUGCAGAGUUUCAGUUUCAUAGUUGGUCAAAAGACUGGAAUAAAAUCAUCAAGUGACAAA